AUAUACCAAAGUAUGGCCCGUCUUUAAAAGGCGCAUGCUAGUUUAAAGGGGUGUAUUAGCUGCUGGCUAGUUAGCAUCAUCACUGGCCAUUUUAGAAUGUCCAGCUCGUGACAAACUGGAAUUUCUCUCGUGCAUCGUGGUAAAAUGAUGAACGCUACCUGGAGCGAUAAACGAAUCACGGGGAUCUGGUCGGGUGUCCGUAGUAUAUCCCUCGCGUCCGACUCAUUGAAGAAGAACUCCUCGUCCAAUUUGAGGAUCCACUGUGGUAGAUAGCAGAGAAAUAAAACAACAGCAUGUCAUCGUGUUGGCCAAAGCUGCUGUUAUAUUUGGCUUCACAGCACACAACCAGAACACUUCUCAACAAGAGCACUUCUGUUUGUUCAACGAUCCCCAAUCUGAGACACUAUACCUGUGGAAAGAAUCGGUCCAGGAGGAGAGUAGCAAUCACUGGAAUAGGACUUGUCUCUCCUCUCGGCACAGGGACUACUCUACCUUGGAACCAGCUGAUUAGUGGUGCCAGUGGGAUCGUCGCCCUUCACUCUGAGAUGUAUAAGACAGUUCCCUGUAAAGUGGCAGCCCUGGUGCCCCGAGGGGAUGGAGAGGGCCAGUUCAAGGAUGAGAGAUUUGCCACACGUGGGGAGAUCAACAGUAUGUCACCAGCCACUGUCAUGGCUCUCGGUGCCGCCCAGCUGGCACUGGAGGAUUCUGGGUGGUAUCCCAGCAGCCCUGAGGAGCAGCUGACCACAGGGGUGGCGGUGGGGAUGGGCAUGGUUUCUCUGGACGAGAUCGCCAAGACGUCGGCCAUCUUCCAAGCAAAAGGUUACAGUAAGGUCAGCCCCUUCUUUGUGCCUCGUAUCCUGGUCAACAUGGCUGCCGGUCACAUCAGCAUCAAGCACAAACUGAAAGGUCCCAACCACGCCGUUUCCACCGCCUGCACCACUGGAGCCCAUGCCCUCGGUGACGCAGCCAGGUUCAUCGCCCACGGAGACGCCGUCGCCAUGGUAGCGGGUGGGACAGAAGCCUGCGUGGGACCUCUGUCAAUCGCGGGGUUCGCCAGGGCGAGGGCUCUGAGUACCCACUGGAACGACCAGCCCAGGCUGGCAUCACGGCCCUUCCACCCAGAGCGGGAUGGGUUUGUGAUGGGUGAAGGGUCUGCGGUGGUGCUCCUGGAGGAGUGGGAGCAUGCUCUGAGGAGGGGGGCCAGGGUGUAUGCUGAGGUGCUGGGGUACGGCCUGUCAGGGGACGCCAGCCACAUCACAGCCCCCACUGCUGAUGGAGACGGAGCCUUCAGGUGCAUGUCUGCAGCACUCCGAGACGCCGGUGUGGAACCAGCCCAUGUGACGUACGUGAACGCACACGCCACCUCUACACCACUAGGUGACGCUGCAGAGAACGCCGCCAUCAAGAGACUGUUCCAUCAGCACGCCGCCGCCCUGGCUGUCUCCUCCACUAAAGGGGCCACGGGGCAUCUCCUGGGGGCUGCCGGGGCCCUAGAGGCAGCCUUCACUGCCCUGGCCUGUUACCACAGCACUUUGCCACCCACCCUCAACCUGGACCGCACCGAGCCAGAGUUUGACCUGAACUAUGUGCCCUGCACAGCACAGCAGUGGAAGACAGAGGGCAGGCGGGUAGCUCUCACUAACUCUUUUGGGUUUGGGGGGACUAACGCGUCGCUGUGUCUCGCCAGUGUCUGAAAAGCUUGUCUGAAGGAUUCACUUCUUACUGGUUUUGUGUUGAUUUCAGAUUCUUUAUAGAUUCCUAGUAUUUCAGUUUCAAAAUGUUCUCAAUAUUAUAUUGGGACAUGUAAUGCAAACAUCAAUCAUACAAUUCUGAUCAAAGUUUCCAUUUUGAUCAUUCAAAUACAGAUAUGCUUUGUGUACUUGAA